CGAACAAAUUCUGCAGACAUCGGGACUGGGCGAUCUGCUCGCUGCCUUCGAUUGGUGUCGGCACGGGGGCUGCAUCGUCACUGCGUCAUUCUCUGCUCCCAGUCGUUCGCCCUUUGUUCUUUUCGGCAGAACUUGCGCUUUUUGGAAAGCCCGAAAUCCAAUCCCGAAGCAGGUCGCGAUUGCGAGGACCGGUCGUUGUUGCCGUGGCCGCCGCUGCUGAAGACGAAGAUUCAAUAGACUUUCUCGUCCUGGAGCUCACUUAGAUUGUGAAGAUCGGGGAUUCGUUCUCAUUGUGAAACGCCGCGCAUGCAAGAUUGGGAAGACUGGAGCAUAAAGAGCCUCGUGAGUCGAGUGCCGGAGGAGGAGCUCCGGGCGCGUAGAGAAUCGCACGCUGCAGCCGUCGCGCGGAUGAAGCAGAGCUCAUCCGUCGGCCGAGAGAGAGAAGGAGAGAAGAAAUUCGUCGGCAGAGGGCCUGGGAUGGCGGCGGUGGCAGUUCUCGCCAGUGCGGCUGUGGGCGGUGCGGCGUCGUGUUUGUAUUCGAUCCGACCCCGGGACCCGAUUUUCGAGGUCGUGGAGAUUAAACUGAAUGGUUUCAAUCUUAGGUUUUGUACCGACUCUCCGAUGCUCAUGGCUGUGGUCGACGUCGAGCUCAUUCUAUGCAUCAAGGUGACCAAUGAAAAUAUCGCGCCGAUAGAGUAUUCAUCGACGAUCAUGGACAUCUUCUACAGAGGGACGUUGCUGGGGCAGGCAAAGGUGGAGGAAGGUGGCCAAGACGCUAAAUCUUCCAAAGUCAUCGAAGUACCGUGCAAAUUGGACGGACUGGAGAUGACCAAUCAUGUCAAGGAUUUAUUCAAGGAUGUGACCAAGAGAGAAAUGACGCUUCAUUCUGUUGUUACUAUAGCUGGUCAUGCUCGCGUCUGGAAGUGGACUCACAAUUUUGAGGUACAUGUGAGGAGUGAGAUUAAGGUGGACCCCAUAUUCUUGAACGUGAUAGACCAGGAGAACAAAGUGGAGAUGGAGCUGGAGCCUCCCAUUUAGCGCGAUCAAAUCAAUCUUCUAUCUACGGAGAAUCUUUUGUACAUUCACCCUAGGCAUCUCUGCAAGGCCUAUGCAUAUUAUUGGUACCCUCUGCCAGUGGCAAAGCUGAAAGUUUCUCUAAUGAGAGCACAGCUCAGUCCACGUCUCAUUGUUCGGUGUACAUUACAGGAAUCUCAAUCUGUACAAAUUCAGGAGUGUUGAGUCCCAUUUCUUUGGACUUCGACGAAAAUUGUUAGGGUCAGAUUCAUAUGUCCCCAGGUAACGUACACAAGACGCAGUUUCCUGAUAAUCACACUGCUACGUUGUUGGUGGUGUAAACAUCUCUUACAAAACAGAUUUUUUCUUUCCUACUAAGUUUGUGGGGAUAUUAUUAAUUUAAGCCGUCUAUGAUUUUCGGUGUUCGGACC